AUGGCCGAGCUUAAGACCGCGACUCAAACCCUAGAUUUCGACGACGAAAUCGCGUUGCAUCUCUUGGUCGAAACCGCGAUCUUUGAUUCUAGCGGCUAUGAGCUUUUAACCCACGAAGAGCUAGAUCAACUAAAACGGGAGCAGACGACUUUGAUUGGACGCAUUGAAGCUCUCCGACGCAAGCUUCUCCUCGAAACUAAAGUACGAGAUGCCGCUCAAUCGCUGUCCCGCCUGCGGUCGCCGAAACAGAACGAAAGUCCCCUUACUUCGCCAGUCAACGCAUUUGGGGGUUCUUUCCAUCAACCCGGCCAUGACUCCGUAGCACAGGCAUCAGUGGAACUCAGUGCUUCAAUUGCCAAGUGUCACGAAAUUGACACCGAUAUUCGUAAAUUGGAGGCAGAUUUGUGGGUGCUUCAGCGACGACUUCUUUGUCAUACCUCACGAGUUCUUGCAACUACAUACCACCACUCUGAGAAAUCGCGGCAUUUCACUGCGAGUAGCAUUGAUGCACCAACCAUACGCUCUUCAACACCUAACAAAUUUACCAAGCUACAAACCGUCAAACCCAUUGAAGACUUCGACGACCGUAGCCUUUACAAACCGGCGAUCAGUUCGGGUGAAGCUCCACCUUCGCAAUCACAAUUCCGCACAAGUGGCCCAUCGACUUAUGCGACGAAUCCAGGGGGCCUGCCCGCGCAUUCUAGUGGCCCCAUUGGUCUCAAGCCUCAGUCACCUAUAGGGAACACGGAAGCUAUAGGUUUUUUUUCAACUCCGAGCACACCACCGCCCCUCAAUAAUCGAGAUAAGUCCGCAGUGGAACAAAGAUUAGUUGCCUUGCAUCAUAUUGUCAAAGAAAUAUUGGUGAAAAUUGAAAUAUUACCACCUGACCAGCAUGAUGUAAGUAAGAGCUUGUUUUUGGAAGAGAGGAAGGAUAGCUUUGACCCAAACGACGGAAUUCCCACUUCUACGCUUGACGAGAUUCUUGCUUUAGAACAUGGUCUCAGACAGGUUCAGGCGUCUAUAUUCCAACAAGGGAGUAGGUCCGUUGCAAUCAAAAGCGAUGAUAAAGAUGUACUACAGGUUUGGGAAGUGUUAUUACGCUGGGAAGGAGAAAAACAGGAUAAUAGGAACCAUGAAGACAGAGACAAAGGGAUUAUGAUGGGGACCACACGGGAAGCCAACCGGCCAGAUAGCAUCAAGUUUGAAUCCCUCAAGAGCGACGGGAAGAGCAUCGGAGAACUCGUUGAGGGUGUGAAAUUAUUAGCAGAUACUUCUUUACGUUGGGCCGCAGACAAGCGAGACCUAGAACUUCAGCUUCUUCAAAAGUCGCAACAAUAUCAAAUGGAAAUCCGAAAACACGAAGACGCAAAAACUGACCAUGAACAACAGAUCGAUGGGCUCACAAAUUCUUUAUCCAAAGCUUUGGGUGAGCUAUCUCAGAUCUCAUCCAAACAAGAUGCAGGUAUUUCACUAAGACAGGAAGUGGUGAAAUUACGGGAAGAGUUGGAUGCGAAAGAACAACAUUGUGCCCACAAAAUAGAAGAACUCCAGCUAAUGCUAGGCUCACAAAAAUCUGAUUUCGAAAACCUCGCCAAUGAUGCUCGGAUCAUUUUCCAAGAAAGGGAACGUGAUCUUGAAGAGCAGGUGGAUAAACUACGAGAAGAAGUAAUGUCAAAAAACAAAGCAUUAGAGGACAGCCUUGCUUGCGCAAGCACUGGAGACCAAAAGACCAGGAAGCUGAAUGAGGAGAUUGAUUAUUUGCACAUUCAACUAGAAAAAUCACAUGCCGCAAAAAUCGAUGUGGAGAAUCAACUGCUCCUUGACAAACAUAAUCUUGAAUCACUUACAGAAACCCUACGUACCCGUGAAGCGCGCGUGGAAAUCCUCGAACGGAAUCUGACGGAGGCAGUUGCGUCUAAGGAAAAAUUCGAGGAAACGUAUCACGAGCAGACGAAACGCAUAGAAAUCCUCGACAAAAGGAAUCUAGACCUACAGGACCAGCUCCGGGUUAGAGCCACCCAGGUAGCGGAGCAGACGUCAAGUGCCGAAGAGUUAAAAUCACGACUGAUAGAGAGCCAAACAGCCAAAAAAAACCUUGAAUCUAACGUUUCGGCACUGGAAAAUGAAGUCCAACAAUUGCUAACAGAGCUAGCAACUUUAGCGAAUGACCUCCAAGCUACCAAAAAAAAUUCACAACUGCAGAUAGAGGAGGCGAAACAGCAAGCAGCCGCGAAGAUCCAAGUCGAGCAAGGGAGAUCGCAACCUGCUAUGGAUGCGAACCUUAUUGUAGAACUUGAGAAUCUCUCGAGGCAGAAUGAAGAGCUAAGGAAGGCCAAUAUUGCACUUCAGGACAAGCUGUCCGAGUCUACAACACCCCUAGGAAGCACGAGCUCAGACACACCCCGAGCUCUACAAGAAAGGUGUGACAAACUGCAAAAAGAAUUGGAUGAGAUGCUUGUCGACUAUGAGGCCCUUAUGAAGGACUCUGUCGAUUUCGAAGCGGACAAAUCACGCCUAGAGUCGCAGAUAGAUGAUUUGCAGGAGAAAGUGGAGGCGCUCGAACGCAGCUUAGCAGAUGAGAGGAUGGGAAAUGGCCGCUCCGUAAAAUCAACGGCUGUACCGGCAAACAAUUUGGUAACACCUAUUCCAUCUUCUGGAGAGAACAUGACGAUGUCUGUUUUAAGGGCAGAGUUUAAGAAAAUGAUGAGGGAUAUGAGAACGGAACAUAACAGGGCAUUGCGGGGGGAGCAAGAGGCAAGGCGGCGACUGGAAAAUGAGCUGCGACAUGCACGAAGAGACCAGAGCAACGGGGCCAAUUCAAAGCCGGGACCAUAG